UCUUUGGUCAUUGGAAUUAACCGGUCUGACAAAGGGGCACUGUUUGAAAGAAGCUAAAAUCGAUGGAGGAUUAAAUUUUGUAUGUACCUAGGUAUUGUGUUAAAUAAAGUAGCGUUGAUCGCGAAAUAUUAUACAUGCAUACAAAAUAUUGUGAAUUUGAGGAAGAUGUGUUCACCACAAUUUCAAUUUUAAUAUGUUAAAAUAACAGAUUUCCAUGAAAUUAGUAAAAUGUUGCAAAAAGAAUAUGUGGAUGCCUUUAGUUCAGUAAAUGAACGGCCAGUUGAUGAUAUUUCAUUAGAAUUCUUUUAUAAACCACAUACAUUAACACUUUUCGCCGUUUCUAUUGCUUCUGUUCUAUAUACAGCAUUUGUAAGAAACGAAAAUAAUGUACAGGCAAAUAUUUGGGCCGGCAUAUGCUGUGUGGUUUUCUUCUUUUUAAUUAUAUCUGUACUUGCAUUUCCAAAUGGACCUUUUACCAGACCUCAUCCUGCACUAUGGAGAAUUGUUUUUGGGAUGUCUGUCUUAUAUCUACUUUCUUUAAUAUUUUUAUUGUUUCAAAGUUAUUCUACUGUAUAUGACAUAAUGUAUUGGUAUGAUCCGAAAUUACGAAGUUUUCACAUCGAUAUGGAUAAGGAGUAUGCAGUUAAUUGCUCUGACAUAAGUGUAGCUAGGAUUUGGUCAUAUUUGGAUGUAUUUGCUUGGGGGCAUUUCUUGGGUUGGACAUUUAAAGCAAUUUUAUUUAGACAUGCAGGUUUAUUGUGGGCAAUUUCUAUCAUGUGGGAAAUAACAGAGAUCGCAUUUGCUCAUCUGCUUCCUAAUUUCUUGGAAUGUUGGUGGGAUUCUAUUAUUUUGGAUGUACUAGUAUGCAAUGGCUUUGGUAUUUGGUGUGGUCUUAAAAUAUGUAAAGCUCUAGAAAUGAGAGAAUAUAAAUGGGUCAGCAUAAGGGACAUUUCUUCAACGUCCGGAAAAAUAAAACGAGCGAUACUUCAGUUUACACCGGUUCAGUGGACCCCAGUCCGAUGGCUUGAUCCAACAUGUACAUAUAUGAGAUUUUUUGCACUUGCUCAGUUGGUUGUAUUUUGGCAAAUAUCAGAACUGAAUACAUUUUUCUUGAAACAUAUAUUUGAAAUGCCUCCGUCUCAUCCUUUAGUCAUUGCUCGUCUUUGUCUAGUCGGCGUGAUAGUUGCACCAUCUGUCAGGCAGUAUUAUAUUUAUGUGACAGAUCCCAAAUGCAAGAGGGUUGGUACCCAGUGUUGGGUUUAUGGUGCCAUAAUGGUUACAGAAUCAAUGCUAUGUAUAAAAAAUAGAAAAGAGUUAUUUGAACAAACUCAAGUAUGGAAUGUUAUGGUUUGGCUUAUAAUUCAAAUGUUGGUGUCAAUAGGAUGUGUGUAUGGAGUUGUACUCUACCAUAGAUAUUUUGAAUCACUCAGUUCGGGAAGUCCCAAAAAAUGCGACUAAAGUAUAUUAUCCACUAUACCUCUGCUCAAGCUCAUACGUAAAGCCACUUCGCUAGACUAGUACUAGCGAGGACAUAAUGAUUGACAAAAACAAGCAUUAGCUAACAAUUUUUGUCAAGUCCUCCAUCGAACCCACUUUCUAGGAAAAUUGUAAUUUUCCUAAAAAUUGUUUACGUUUAUAAUUAUUGUUCGUAGUCAAUUUAUGGAACAAAAUAGGUACCUAUAUAAUUUAUAUUACGUAUUUAUGUUUGUGUUUUUAAAUAUAGUAGUUAUUUAAAAAUAAAUACCUAUAAUUAUUUAUAAACUAACUACAAAUAUACGUGAUUUUGAAUUUUAGUUUUAAACCUCUCCACGUAUUACCAUUGGGAGAUAAGGUUAAAAAUGAGCGAAGCCGGGGCAGGCCACUAAUUUGUUUAUAAAUCCAAUAAUAGAAUUACACUGAGAAGUGAAAAAUACAUUGACAAAAAAAAAAUAAUUGGAGAAAAUGUACCUACUUUAUAGGUACAGUCAACAGCACAUCAAGUUAGCCUGCAUCACAGACCUUAGAUACAUUUUAGUAUGAAAACGCAAUCGCUAAAUUUUGGUGGGGUGCGGGGGAAGGUAGUUUAGCUCUCAUUGGAGGGUCAAAAAUACGUCAAUUUUUUUUUAUUUUUGACAAUUUACUAGUGUUGGGCAACACAAAGAAUUCUAAGGCUCAAAUCGAGAAUUUCUAAGGCCAGGCACACAUGUCCCACAUUAGUGAGAGAAAAAAAUCUUUUCUCGAACAGAGUACGGGAGGUCUCGGGAAAUAUAUCUCUGUAUGACUAACAAUACAAUAUUGCAACAGAAAAAUAAUAUAAAGAAAAGACAAUAUAUUAUUUAUUUCAUCUUUAUUACUAUAGUAAAUAUUGUUGAGAUAAAUGAUAUGACAAUUUGUUUUGUUUAGACAUUCUCAAAAAGGAUUGACGUUAGGCCGUCGCCGGUCUUAAAAAAAUAAUCAAAUCUUCAAAAUUUAAGGGUUUAUUAUUUAUAAAAAAGUAUUGCCUACUUCGAGUUCAAAUUAUGUUUUGUCCCUAUAGCACUUUACAAUAUUUGACAUUGCCAGAAAGAGACAAAAGAUUUUAACUAAAAGUAGGCAGUCUUUAUUGAUGAAUACUUUUUCGUAUUUAACCAGUUUCGUCUACGUUUCACUAUGACUACGAGUAAAUCUUUUCACGUCCUUUUUUAAUAACCGCAGUCUUUAGGGAAAACCAUGGCUCAUACUUUAUGUCAUUGACUAUCAGACUGACCAAAUCCUACAAGUAUCGCAAACUUCGGUGUAAAAGUACUCUAUAAAAAUCAGCUACCUCAACAAAACCAAAUUUCUUUAAAAAAAUGCCUACCCGUUUGAACGUGAAGACGUAAAGAAUAACAUACAUAGUCACAAGCAAACAAGUCUUCCUCAAUAGGCUAUUAUCCAAGGUCAAGGAAUUAAAAACAAAUUAUUAACAUAAGGCGUUGCACACUAGCGCCAUCAUAAUCGAUUAAUAUCAGUUCAUCGAUCGAUUAUCGUAUCUUACGUGUCCCUUCACUACCUUACACGUUCCAAGGCAGAGCGAGAUAAUUAUAUGUUUGUGCCAUAUUGAUUUAGAUGCGAAAGAAAGCUAGAUAUAUUUUGUUCUUAUAUUAUUGUUUAUAAAAUGACAUGGUUCGGAAAAUUAUCAAAUUAAAUUAUAAUAAAAAAAAUAAUGAUUUGUUGGUGAUUUGUGAUUCCAUCUUUUGUUAGACUGGACGUAUGGUGAAAUGGUGUGGAGCUACACUUUCCACACCAUUUCACCAUACGGCGUCAUUGUUUUGAUAUUGUUUUUAUUUACGAGCAAACUGGCACAGCCUUCGCUUCGAUGCUCGUCGGCGGUAUAACCAAAGAAAAGGGCCUAGGCCCGAUCUUAUAUAGUGUCACGACAUAAGUUUGGCGAAUGGAUAUGCCGGUGAUGCGCGGUCUUAAGGUUAAAUGGUCUGUGGCCUGCAUGAACCUCCAUGGUGCGCGCGGUAAUAGCGACGAGUUUGCAAUGGAUUUGUGUCGGUUGAUGUGCUGUUGAUUGUACAUAAAAUAUUAUCUGCGUUAGAAAAAAUAUAUAAUGGUGUGUAACAUAAACGUGUAAUAAAUAUUUAUUUGCAA